GUCUCCUAUGAUGAACUAACAGUUAUAAUAACAACACUAAUACUGUAGAUUCGUGUAUUUUUAGCUUUCAGUGUGCUUUAAUGUGUUUUUUAUAUCAUUAUCGAUCAUGAUACUGGUGUGUUGUUGUUAAGAGUGUGUAACUGUGUUUCUAUAAUUAUAGAACACAGAGUAAUAAGUAGUCAAGUCAUGGGCUAGUGUUAUGUUACUAAUCAGUGUAUGUAAUCAGUAAUUCUAAUUCUAAACAUGCUUCAAAUGUUUCAGAGAUGUCUAAAAAGUCACACAAGGCCUUCGGGGACGAUGAGUGGAUGUUCAGUCUGCGACGGUUUGCCAGCACAGGGGUUUGGCCCUCUGAAGCUGGCAACAGACCUGCUCCCCGUCAGAAGAAGUGGUUUGAACUCUUUCAGAGGAUAGAUAAAUGUCCAAUGCAGGUCCGUGGCCAGGCAACACUUUUUGGUGGACCACAGAAAUGCCUUUGUGGAUUCCACACGCCUAAGUCUGCACUCUCCACAAGUGCUCCACCUGCCUCCACUCCUUCUUCUGUUUCGGCCUCUACAUCAGCACCAACCAUUUCACGGCCUGCACUUAACUUAUCAACGUUUACAAAGAAACGAUUUGGAGGAUCCAUUAGUUCAGCAGCCAAACCCAACCUAAAUAUACCAAGGCGGAUCCAGCCUGGUAGUCAUAGUCUGACUCCUUCAGCCAGUCAGUCACCUGCAGCCAGACCUGCUCCUUCAGCCACACCACCUCCUUCAGCCAGACCUGCUCCUUCAGCCAUUCCUUCUCCUUCAGCCAGACCACCUCCUUCAGCCAGUCCGUCAAAUAUUACUUCAGCCGGUCCUUCUCCUACAGCCAGACCUGCUCCUACAUCCUCAGUGAGUACCCGUCUAUUUGUUCCGGCAUCUGUAAUUACAUGUACAGUACAUAUGGGUCAAUCUAUAAUUGGGGGUACAUUUCACAUCAACCAAAAAUUACAGAACAAAUAUGUAUGA